AUGUGCAGCACAAGUUUAGGCCUACAAGUGAGCUCAGAUAUGGGAAGAUAUAGUGUUAAAAGAUACAAGACAAAGAGAAGAACGCGGGACUUGGACCUUAUUUACAACGACUUAGCUACUCCAAACUCUAUCAACAAGUUGAAGAACCAACCGUUGGAUGAAUAUAAACCCGGUUUGGGGCAAUACUAUUGCAUAGAAUGUGCCAAAUACUUUGAGAAUCAAAUAAGUAUGGACAGACAUCAAAAGUCAAAGAUUCAUAAACGAAGAGUCAAGCUUCUCAAGGAGAGGCCGUAUACUCCGUUGGAAGCAGAGGCUGCUGGCGGUGUGAACAUGACAAAAUUCGUUGAGUCUGUGGAGAAGUAUAAAGAAUUGGAGCAAUUUAAAACAGCAAAUAAAGACGUAUAUGAAGCAGCAAACAAUCAGAAGAAGGAUACCUUGGAUGCUUUGAUUACGGGAGUUCCAUCAGAAGAAUUCCAGAAACAACAACAACAACAACAACAACAACAACAACAACAACAACAACAACAACAACAACAACAACAACAGACACAAGAGAAUGGAUUGCUGGCUCCCGUAGAAGUGGUUGAAAAAGAAGUUAUUAUGGAGGAAUAG